AUGGGGAAUGUUGGUUUACUGUACAGCAUGGUGUUUCUCAAAAUGAAACCUAGCAGGGGUAACAUGCAAAGCCCAAGCCUCAUCACGGUGCUUUCUGUCCUCUUCCUCACUGAAGGAUCUGCCGACAAUAGCUUGGAGAGUCAAACUGUUGGUUCAGGAGAUGGAUCACCAAUAUUACCCACCAUUACAACAACACCUCCUCCUGCUAUGCCUACUACAUAUUCUGCGCCCGUGGAUGACCAUGAACACGUUGCUACAAGAGCUACUGAGAGCAGCUUUGAAACAGAAAGUACUGAACUGAAUACUGUGAGCAAUAAUGACAGUCAAGAAACAGCAGAACAGUCUGUCUUCAUAUAUGUUGUCCCCGCGGUGCUGCUGGUCUUGUUGGUUUUGCUGAUCACGUUUUUUGUCAUACAUCACAAAAGGAAAAAGUCUAAACAAGAUGAGCUGGGAAGUGAAAAUGUAAAAAGUCCUAUUUUUGAAGAAGACACACCCUCUGUUAUGGAGAUAGAAAUGGAAGAGCUUGAUAAAUGGAUGAACAGCAUGAACAAAAAUGCUGAAUGUGAAUGUCUGCCUACUGUAAGAGAAGAAGAAAAAGAAUCAAUUGCCAACCCAAG